AUGCUCUUACGUUCACUAGCGCGGACCCUCACUCCUUCUGUCCGAGGAUUCUCUACGUCUACGCCCAGAAUGACCAAAGUCGCCGUUGUUCAGCUCCGUUCCACGAACAACGUCCAAGACAACCUCGCCAGGUCGGACAAGGUCAUCCGUGAGGCCGUUGCUGCCGGUGCAAAGCACGAGUACGCGCUCGGCCUGCGAAAGCUGGCAAAGGAGCUGGGUGUUGUGAUCGCAGCCGGCAUCCAUGACCUGCCCGAGGACCCGCAGGGUGAUGACCGUGUGCAGAACACGCAGGUGCUGAUUGGAACUGAUGGCGAGCUGCUCGCUGAUUACAACAAGCUGCACCUGUUCGACGUCGUGCUCCCGGGUACCCCAGGACCCAACGGAGAGCAGCGCAUGAAGCGUACCGGCGAGUCUGACCGCAUCCGACCAGGACAGGAGGUCGUGCCACCGAUCGAUGUGCCAGGGCUGGGCAAGGUCGGACUCGAGAUCUGCUACGACCUGCGCUUUCCCGAGCUGCACAUCAUCUUGACGCGGCUGGGUGCGCAGAUCCUGACCUUCCCCAGCGCCUUCACUGUCAAGACCGGCCGGGACCACUGGGGCAAGUCGGGACGAACGUCGUGGGGCGAGGCGCUUGCUUUCGACCCUUGGGGACGGCAGCUCGGUCGCCUGCGCAGCAUGGGCGAUGGCGGGGACGAGGCCGAAAUCAACGCGAUUUACGAUACCGGGGGCGAAUACUUCAUCUGCGAUGUCGACGUCAACAACGUUGGCGAGGUCAAGAAGCAGCUCCCGCUCGCGGACCAGAAGCGGGCGGACAUCUACGGAGUCGUCGGCAAAGAGGUGCCCAAGAAGCCCAUUGAGUAG